AUGAAUGAACCCUUGCAUAUAGACAAAGGAGACGUUUAUUUAUACCUCGCAGCCAUCGACUCAGCUUCCCAUCCGGACAGACGCGUAGCCGUGGCCGUGGUCUUUGUGUGGACCGGGACAGGAUUGCGAUGCGACGUUCAUUGUGUAGAAGUUAUAAGCAGCAUGUUACACCCCCAUGUAUUUCUUCUAACUCGUUCUUGUAUACUUGGUGAAAACAUGGCCGAAUGUCCGCAAGAGAUGGACGGACAGGACUUCUCCCCCGACGACAGACGUAACCCUCGAGCGUGGAGCGUCCGCAAAAAGAGUCUGAUAUCCAUCGUCUGUGCUGUGUCGUACUUUGUUGUCCUCUUCGCCAACGCAAACUACAUCUCCAGCAUCUACGGAGUAAAAGCAGAUUUCCACGUCUCCGACACCCUGGCCAUCCUGCCCAUCACCCUCUACUCGUUCGGCUUCGCGCUUGGCCCGACCUUCGGCACCGCCUUCUCCGAGAUCCUCGGCCGGCAGUACUUCUAUAAGACGCUGCUGGCGCUCAGUCUCGUGUUCACCGUCGUCGCUGGCUCCGCGAGGAACUAUGCCACUCUCGCCGUUGGGCGAGCGCUCGCAGGCACGCUGGCGUCGCCCUGCGUGGGCAUCUUUGCCGGCAUGCUGAACGACCUCUGGGACCACAGCGCCGAGCCGCUGGGCAGCCAGUUCGUCGUGAUAUACGCCAUGUUCGGCGCGUUUGCGCCGCUCGUGGGACCCAUCUCGGGCUCGGCCGUCGUCUCGGUCACAGACGACUGGCGCUGGACCUUCUGGCUGACGGCCCUCUUGCUGGGGGGUUGCGUCGUCAUAAACCUGCCCGUGCCAGAGACGUUUGCGCCGAGGAUCUUCCGCGAGCCAGACUCGUCCUCGUCGUUGUCCAGCAUGACGCUGCCAGCUGCCCUGCGCGUCGGCCUCGGCCGGCCGCUGCACAUGCUGCUCGUCGAGCCGAUCAUGCUCCCGACAGCAGCGUACGGCGCCGUCGUCCAGGGCAUUCUGUUCGCCUGGACCGCCAAUUCCUCCAUCCACUGGACUGUCCCAGUCAUGUCCGGCGUCCUCUUCGGCUGCAGUUUUCCUCUGAAUCUUCUCGGCUUCCCCUGGUACAAAAACGACAUUUACGGCGCCAAAUACGGCGCCUCGGCCGUCGCGGUCGAGAACCUGCUACGCUACCUCUUCUCGUCCUUCGUCCCGCUGUUCACCGUCCACAUGAUCCAGCACCUGUCAUUCCGGUGGACCAUGUCCUUCUGGGGGGUUGUUUCCCUGGCGCUGAUGCCCGUCCCGUGGGUGAUGUAUCGAUGGGGGCCGUGGCUGAGGGUGAGGAGUAGAGGGGAGGAUUUAACCGGAUCAGGCACUGAUUCUCAUAGAUUGCUGAACUGGCUACUGUAA